UGGCGUGUGUAAUGUAUUGCGACAGUAAUAGUCAAUUGUGUGCCAUCGCAAACGAAGCUUAUCGAGAUGGCAAGGAAAGAAAUAUUGUUAGUAUUAUUAUUUACCUGUACACUGGUUUGUGAAUAUCCUGUCUCCUGUUUAGAUUAUAUUGUGGAUGAGAUAAAAAGUCUUCAGGAUAUAUUAUUCUCGGGUAAAAGUGAUGUAACAAAAGAUGACGAUAAACAAACAGAAAACUCUACCUCGACUUCUAACACCAACUGGGACUGUUCUAACUCGACACUCAACGUCCGGAGAUGUGUGUUAGUAGGAAAUGUAACCAAGCCUGAAACUUUAAAGGUUUAUAAAGAUGAGACAAGUGACAUGAAGAUCCCAAGCAAGCCACCUAAAGGAGUACUUGGUGACUUUUCACCUAUUAAGGAAAACUGUUCUCUCGAUGAAGUGAUUGCGAAAAUCGAGAAAAAGUACAAAGCUGUGUUUGAUUUUAUUAAGAACGCCUUAUCGUUUUAAAAAGGUUAGAGGUGUUUAGUUAAUAAAUGUAAUCUAAUUCAAUAUAUAUAAAGUACCUA